AUGUCCAUCUUCAACGUGCCUGCUACUUCAAGUUUAGCUCAACAAGAUGCGACCUCCAUGUCCACGAUUCUCCUCGGCCCACUUAAUGAGCUUCAAACGCUAUCUCAAGCUCUGUUUCUCUCACUUUCCGCACCACAAAAACAACCACCACCACCUGUCUCAUCGUUGCUCGCGUGCGAUCAGGCCCUCUCCGCUGCCGUGAAUCUCACUUACAGACACCAAUUGAAACAACGUAGAAUUGAAUCACUAAAAUCAGAGAUAUUGGAUUUGGAUGAACGGUGGCAGCGGAUAUGUACUGAGCUUGAGCUUGAGAAAAGAGAAUUGGAGCAGCUCAUCUCAGAAGGAGACGAGAGGAUAGAAACCAUAGAACAGGCGAAAAAGGCAUCCAUUCCAUAUCCUGAACUCUUAUCUUACGCACAAAGUCUCAGUGCAUUUACGUCUGCACCACCCAAUAUGCCCGACCAAAAUCUUCCAGGUCAACCGCCUCCGCCUCUAUUCUUUCCUCCGUUCCCAAAUGAGGAGAAGAUGCGUAAAGGUCACCUUAACGCAGAAGCACCCCUCGGAUUGCUUGGUGAAACCCAUUCCGUCGGUAAAGCACCGACUGUCUCUCCGAGAGGACCAGACGUGCAUCAUCACGGAGUAAAUCCCUACAGGCACGACUUGCGCGAUCCUCAACCGCAAUUCUUUGACCUGGACCUGGACCUCAACCCAGACUUGUAG